GUUAGAGGAAAUCUGGAACUUAGGUUUGGUUUGUUCUCCAGUGGGCCUCCUUCUUUCAAUCUUGUCUCAUUUAAACAGUUUCUUGGAUUUUUGAAGAGGAAAAUAACUCAGAGAAGGAUGGAGCUGACAUGGGCAGGAGCUCUGCUUCUCCUCUCUAUACUUAUUACCCUUUUCUCUUCCUUCCAAAUGUACAAGAAAAAAGGGCAGUUGCCCCCAGGACCUACUCCGUGGCCUUUUCUGGGGAACCUUUUGCAGCGAGAUGUACUACCUCUGAGCAAAUCCUAUAAAAAGCUGAUUGGAAAAUAUGGUUCUAUCUUUACCAUCUGGAUUGGAUCAAAACCACAGGUUGUGCUCUGUGGAUAUGAGAUGAUAAAAGAUGCUUUGGUAGAUCAUGCGGAAGAAUUCAGUGGACGUAUUAUUACACCCAUGACCAAGCGAAUAUUCCGUGAUCAUGGUAUGAAUACCUCCGAUCAGAACAGAUGGAAGGAGAUGCGACGGUUCACACUGACCACCUUGCGAGAUUUUGGGAUGGGGAAGAAAAGAAUGUCCGAGAGGGUGCAGGAGGAAGCCCUUUGUCUAGCGGAGGAAGUGGGCAGCAUACAAGGGCAACCUUUUGACCCAAGAAGAAGAUUUACAAGUGCUGUUUCUAAUGUGAUCUGUGCAGUCGUCUUUGGCCAUCGGUUUGAUUACAAAGAUCAAACCUUCAUGGAAAAUCAAAAGAUUAUGGAAUCUCAAUUCGGUUUCUUUAGUAGUUUCUUAGGAAUGCUGUAUAAUACUUUUCCGAAAAUAAUGGAACACUUUCCUGGGCAACACACCAAGAUUUUUGCUGAUACUAAAAAACUCUGCGACUUUAUCCAUGAGAAAGUGGAUUUCCACCGGAAGACAUUGGAUCCUCAGAAUCCCCGUGACUAUAUUGACUGUUUUCUUAUCAAGUCAGAGAAGCAGCAGAACUCAUCUGAGAUUAUCUACAUUCCUGAAAACCUUGUGCAUUCUGUGCUUGAACUCUUUUUUGCUGGGACAGUAAGCAUAAGCAACACUUUGCUCUUAAGCUUCCUUGUGGUGGCCAAGUUGACGCACGUUCAAGCUAAGGUGCAACAGGAGAUUGACGAGGUGGUGGGUGCAAACCGCACUCCAAGCAUGGAAGACCGGUUGAAGAUGCCUUUCACAAAUGCCAUUAUCCAUGAGGUUCAACGGUAUCGGAAAGGGAGCCUUGAGAACUUUCCACGGGCAACAACAUGUGACACAACAUUCCGUGGUUACAACUUUCCCAAGUACACGGCUGUUUCUACAAUGCUCACCUCUGCACAUUUUGACCCUCUCCACUGGGAGACUCCAGAGAGGUUCAAUCCAGAUCAUUUUUUGGAUGAAAAGGGCCAAUUCAGGAAAAGAGAUGCUUUCAUGCCAUUCUCAGCAGGGAAGCGGGCCUGUCCGGGGGAGGCCCUGGCUCAGAUGGAGCUCUUCCUGUUCUUCAGCACUCUGCUCCAGAAAUUCACCUUCCAUCUUGUUGGGGACACUAAAGACAUGGAUAUAACGUCUUUGUACAUGGACUUCAGAAAUAAGAAUCAAUACCCCCUUAUACGAGUGGUUAAACGUUCAGCAUGAACACUAAUCAAGAGAAGGAAGGAAGGGGAGGUUUUGAAAAAAAAUCUCAGCUGCAAUUUUUUAGAAAGUAUUUGGGGAUAUUAAGGAAUUUUGAGUGAAACAGAUCUAAAAUACUUUCCCUUUCAAAUAUUCCUACUUAGUAAAGGCAUAUUCACUGUACAUAAAAGACACUCUUCUGGCAUUCAUGAGAAUUUAUUAUAGCAUGCUGGGUUUUAGGAAGCAUUUACCUAGAGAGAAGAGAUACUCCAGGGGCCUCAUUUAGCUGCACAGAAAAGAUCUGAUAACAUUACAGAUACUUUAACACAGGAACAAUAUGACUGUGAUGUGUGAUAUUGCAUACAAUUUGGCAUUAAGGCCAUGCAGUGCUUCAAAUUCAGUUUCCAACAAGAUGCUUCAGAGUACAAAGGACUAUGGUGAUAGCACCUCUCUGUAGAACCUUAAAGCAGCUUUGUCUUUUUCUAGGAUGACCCUGAGCCUUCGAUCUAUAAAUGGGAAAAAAUGGGAGAAACAGUUGAUGCUUUCAAUAUAUUUUCUCUGAAUUAUAGACUUCCAAAUGAAAUAUAGAAUUCCAAAUGUA